AUGCAGAUCGAAAAGCUACUGUCACCCGCACCGUCCAGCAACAUAAAACCCCCGACGGCGUUCAAACCUCGGCGUCUCCCUGGCGAGAUCGUCCUCUUUGGCGACUCCCUCACGCAGCGCAGUUGGCAGCCGGGCGGGCUUGCGCAGCGUCUUGCAGACGCGUAUGUGCGAAAGCUGGAUGUCGUUAAUCGGGGCUUGGGAGGGUAUCAGUCUACCUGGGGGACACGCGUGCUCGAGCAGCUCCUCGCGCAGCGCAAUGCACCGGGCACACCAUCCAUCGAGCUCAUCACGAUCUGGUUCGGCGCCAAUGACGCAGCGCCGCCAGGCACGGGGCAGCACGUCCCGCUGCACCAGUUCACGCUCAACCUGCACCGCAUGAUCGACAUGGUGCGCGGGCCACCCACCACACCAUCGUCGCCUUCGCCUUCGCCAUCGCAUAAUAGCGCGCUCUCGGAUCCGACAGCACCACACACACCACAGCCAUACAUCCCACCACCAGACCACAACGCGGCGCCGGACCCGGCCACACGCAUGCUGCUGCUCACGCCCCCGCCGCCGGCGCCGCAGGUGUGGAAUCUCGCGCAUUUUCCGCGGCAGAUCGCGCUCACACGGGCGUACGCGGCGGAGGUGCGCGCGGUGGGCAGGCAGCGGGGUGUGCCGGUUGUGGACGUGUGGGCGGGGCUGAGCGUUGCGGCUGUUGGGGAGGCGUAUGUGGCGCGGUUUUUGGUGGAUGGGUUGCAUUUGAAUAGGGAGGGGUAUGAGUUGGUGUAUAAUAUGGUGGUGCAUGCGAUUAGGGAGCAUUAUCCGGAUAUGUUGCCCGAGAGGCUUCCGGAUGCGUUUGGGGGAAAGUAGAGUCGGUGGUGAUGGGUUGGUGGAUGGCUCGCUUUAUUGGAAC